AUGCCCAAGCUGAAACUCAACUACCAUGGGCCAGAGCUGAGUCACUGCCCGACCAAGGAGGACACAUCCUUCUUUCAUGCUGUGCCACCAGUCAUCCGUGUUUAUCCAGAGACCCAGGCACAAGAGCCUGGAGUGGCGGCCAGCCUGCGAUGCCAUGCUGAGGGCAUUCCCAUGCCCAGAAUCAUUUGGCUGAAAAAUGGCAUGGAUGUCUCAGCCCAGAUGUCCAAACAACUCUCCCUCUUGGCCAAUGGCAGUGAGCUCCACAUUGGCAGCGUUCGCUAUGAAGACACGGGGGCCUAUACCUGCAUUGCCAAGAACGAAGUGGGCGUGGAUGAAGAUAUCUCCUCCCUUUUCAUUGAGGACUCGGCUAGGAAGACCUGCCUCAGCGUGGGAAACAUGUUCUAUGUCUUCUCUGACGACGGCAUCAUUGGCAUCCACCCUGUGGACUGUGAAGUCCAGAGACGCCUGAAGCCCACGGAGAAGAUCUUCAUGAGUUAUGAAGAAAUCUGUCCUCAUGGGGAAGGAGACGCUGGACAGCCUUGCCAGUGGGCAUCUGCAGUCAAUGUCAGGAACCGGUACAUCUACGUGGCCCAGCCAGCACUGAACAGAGUCCUUGUGCUCGAUGUUCAAGCCCAGAAAGUCUUACAGGUCAUCACUGAAGCCAGUGCUGGCCAGGGCCAGCACCUUAUCCGAACACCGUUUGCAGGAGUGGAUGACUUCUUUAUACCCCCAACAAAUCUCAUCAUCAACCACAUCAGGUUUGGUUUCAUCUUCAACAAGUCUGACUCUGCUGUCCACAAAGUUGACCUGGAGACUCUGAUGCCCCUCAAGACUAUCAGCCUGAAGCCCCAUGACUGCAUGCCUCAAGCCAUGGCGCACACCCACCUGGGCGGCUACUUCUUCGUGCAAUGCCAGCAGGACACCCCCACCUCCGCCGGCCCACAGCUGCUCAUUGACAGUGUCACAGACUCGGUGCUGGGCCCUAACACUGACAUCACAGGCACCCCCCACGUGUCCCCUGACGGACGCUUCAUCGUCAGUGUCUCCAGCAAGGGCCCCUGGCUGCAUGUGCAGGAGGUCACGGUACGGGGGGAAAUCCAGACCCUAUAUGACCUAAAAAUAAACCCGGGCAUCUCAGACCUGGCAUUUCAGCAUUCCUUCACGGAAGGCAAUCAGUUCAACGCCUAUGCCACUCUCGACAAGGAGCCAGACCUGCUGUUCCUCGAGCUGUCCACCGGGAAAAUGGGCAGGCUGAAAAACUUAAAGGAGCCCCCCUCGGGGCCAGCCCCACCCUGGGGCGGACCCCGCAGAAUCCUGAGGGACAGCGGGCUCUUUGGACAGUACCUCCUCACGCCGGCUCAAGAGUCGCUGUUCCUGAUCAACGGGAGACAAAACGCCCUGAGAUGCGAGGUGUCGGGCACAAAGGGUGUGGCCACAGUCGUGUGGGUCGGGGAGGUAUGAAAGGGUCCCGUCAGGAACCUUGGGUCCAGGAGUACCACCUUAGUCCUGACACCAGAGCCCCAACCAGGCGCACUGUACAUUUUCACAGACAAAAAAAGCCAAACCCUGUCCUUCGCUUUGUGGUUCAACAAUGAUCUCCUUGCAAGUUCCCUAGUAUAAGGUAUGCGCUGCAACCAAGAUCGGGGGGGGUUUCCAUUCAGAAGUAUGAUUUAAUGCCUUGAGCUGUGACGAGAACACAUGCUGCUGUGUGCAAGGAAAUCACCUCUGUUCCUGGCUGCACACCACGUCGCCUGGGGACACCACAGAACCGAGGGAUCCUGCUGCCCAGGCUGACGCUUCCGUCGGUUGCCUUCACAUAGUCAUUAUCCUCACCCGCCAGCCCCAGCCAGUGCCCUGAAGGAGUGGCCUGGGCAGUGGGGUUGAGCAGGGCUGUCCCUCUUUAGCGGGCUGGCCUUCUACCCCUUCUGGGGACUUCACUUGCCCCAUCCCGGAUGCUGCUUGCUUGCUUUUCCAGCUGAGUGCUAUACCCCUGCGGGAGAGCCUCCGAGACUUACUACACCUUGGGGAAUGGGGAAAUCACUUGCUUUAUUUUGGAAUUUUUUGAUUAAAACUAAUUUUUUUAUAAUCUCAGAUGCGAGGAUGCAGAGAGAUGCUCUCCAAGGCCUGGUUAUAUUCUUCCCUGCCUUAGGCCAAGUCUCUGAGGGGAGAGGGUCCCAACAGUACAUCCAUGUGCAGAAAAAAAUAGACAUCCAAGAAAUAGUGGCCCUCCACACCAUUGUGUUGGCCCAAGUACAGCCCAUAACUACCAUGUUAAAAUCCGUGCUGGGUCCCCAAGAGACCAAGCUGAGCCCUGUGUGCCUGCUUUUCACCAUAGAAAGGCAACACGUUAUUAAGGAAGCCUAAUGCGCCAGCAUAAGUACAGACCCAGGGCAGACCAGGCUUUCCUGGUAAGGCGUAGGCAGCCUCUGAGCGCAAUGCCAAAAUCCAGAAGCCAUGAGUGCCAUCCAUCCAGAGUUCUAAGGCUGUAUUUCUGCAGGAGCGGUCGGCA